ACUUGUACAGUUUCACAUCCACACCUUUGAGUACUUCUCAAAUCUUGGCUUGAUUGAUAAAAAGUAACCACAUCACAGAGGUAGCAACCACUUCUGUUUCAUUAAGACUGGCCCAUUGGCAUCUUCAAAACCAAAAGAUGGUUUAUUCAUCUCUGCAACACUACCCAAAUUAGUUUUUAAGCUUAAAUUUUGAUCCCCCCCCCCCCCCCCCAGGAAGCACUUAAAGUUUGAGUCUCCAAUGGCUGUAACCUCCAGAAUCAUGCUGAUGACUUGCAUCAUCGCCUCACUAAUCUAUAUUUCCACCACUCAAACCUGCUCAAACUACACCUUUUCAACUAACCAAGUAUUCAAUUCCUGCAUCGAUCUUCCUGUACUACAUGCCCAUCUGCACUGGAACUACAUUCCAUCGACCACAAGCAUUCAUAUUGCUUACAGGGCAACUCAAACUUCUACAGGAUGGAUUGCAUGGGCAAUCAAUCCGACUGGAACAGGGAUGGUUGGAUCACAAGCUAUUGUUGCUUUUCAGAAUUCUAGUGGUAUUAUGACAGUUUAUACAACACCAAUAACCAGUUACACCCCUUCGAUGCAACCGGGGACUCUCAGCUUUUCCGUUUCAAACUUCUCAGCAAUAUAUGCCAACAAUGAGAUGACUAUCUUUGCUGUUUUUGGCCCACUAAAGAAUGGAACUACUAUUAAUCAUAUCUGGCAAGCUGGAAGUUCAGUUUCAAAUGGCAUCCCUCAGACUCAUCCAACAUCGGGACCCAAUGUCCAAUCAAUGGAUUCACUGGACCUUCUUUCAAAGUAGAAACAAAUAUUAAACUUCAAAAUGACUGUGUCCUCAAGUUUGUCUCCUUCGACUACAACUAUCUUUGCAAGUACAUUGACUUUGGUCCUUUGUUCAGUCACUACUCUUGCUAUGACUAUAUUCACCAAAAUUAGUAGCUUUCACGUGGUUGUUAUUGUAGACACUGCAGAUCUAAGAAUAUACAGUAACUUCCACAUUAAUGUAA